CUAGUAUAUAAGGGAGACGCUGCCGCAGCUUCCUCAGUUCAGCCCGCAGUAGCCAUCUGUGGAAUUCUGUGGUACUCAAGCUCGCUACUUAAGGCACAAUGAGGAUUUUGGCAGCUUUCUGCGUGCUGGCUGUGGGCGUCAGCGCACAGCUUGGGCCAUCAGGACUCAUAAACCCAGAUGGCUUCAAUACACAAUUCACUCAAGAAUUCGCCAACAGUAUUGUUUUGAUUGGGCCAUCUGGUGCCGUGACCAGUACGGGCGAAAACCUCCAGCUCACUGGUGAACAAGCCGCACUCAACGCCGACAACCCACAUGUAGGUAAUUUUGAAGCCAAUCGUGGCGUUGUGGGACCCUCAGGUGUUGUCAGUCCCGACGGCAACAACGUCCAGUUCACCCAGGAACAGGCAGACAAUAUCGUGCUCAUCGGUCCAUCUGGUAUCGUCACUAAGGAUGGCCAGAACUAUCAGCUCAACGACCAGGGUGUCCCUCGAGUCAAGCGCUCGGAACCGAUUGUUGGACCUUCUGGGAUCAUCACCCCUACCGGCAAGCUGAUUCAGCUGCCAGCAGGUGUAACAGUCGCAGCUGCUGGCCCCUCUGGUGCUGUUCUCUCGAACGGCGAAAACGUACAAUACCGUAAGAAGCGUUCGAACGGUAUUUUACCAAUUGUUGGACAUUCAGGCAUAAUCACCCCUACCGGCAAGCAGAUUCAGCUGCCAGCAGGUGUAACAGUCGCUGCUGCUGGCCCCUCUGGUGCUGUUCUCUCGAACGGCGAAAACGUACAAUACCGUAAGAAGCGUUCGAACGGGUUUGAAGCAGUUGUUGGACCUUCAGGCAUCAUCACCCCUACCGGAAAGCUGAUUCAGCUGCCCGCAGGUGUAACAGUCGCAGCUGCUGGCCCCUCUGGUGCUGUUCUCUCGAACGGCGAAAACGUACAAUACCGUAAGAAGCGUUCGAACGGUUUUGAAGCAGUUGUUGGACCUUCAGGCAUCAUCACCCCUACCGGAAAGCUGAUUCAGCUGCCCGCAGGUGUAACAGUCGCUGCUGCUGGCCCCUCUGGUGCUGUUCUCUCGAACGGCGAAAACGUACAAUACCGUAAGAAGCGUUCGAACGGGUUUGAAGCAGUUGUUGGACCUUCAGGCAUCAUCACCCCUACCGGAAAGCUGAUUCAGCUGCCAGCAGGUGUAACAGUCGCAGCUGCUGGCCCCUCUGGUGCUGUUCUCUCGAACGGCGAAAACGUACAAUACCGUAAGAAGAGAUCUGAUUCCCUAUUGGGACCCUCAGGAUACAUUACCCGCGAAGGACAACCAAUUCAUCUGCCAGUAGGUGUAACAAUUGUAGCAAAGGGCCCCUCUGGUCUAGUUUUAUCCAAUGGACAAAACGUACAAUACCGCACUAAGCGCGCUGAACCCCUGGUUGGGGCCUCAGGCAUCAUCACUCCUGACGGCCAACUUAUCCAACUACCGGCAGGUGUGACGGUUGCAUCUGCAGGACCAGCUGGGGUGGUUCUCUCCAAUGGAGCAAACAUUCAGUACAACUAUUAGAACACUUUUUAAGAUCGUUCGUGCAUUAUAACAGUCAAGUGAUCCAAUACGAAACUGGUACACCCUUGUCGCUGCUGGUAACUCUGCUUUCUUUCCAGCUAAUAGAGCAUGCAAUUCAUAUUUUUUAUAAAUAUGCUGAACUGCAAGUUCUUAAGUUUAAAUACUUGCCAUCAUGCUGUGUAUAAUAUGCCUGCAACUUUGCUUUUCACUUCUUGCAAUCUUUGUACAUUUCAUUUAACGCUCUUGUCAAUAAAAGAUGAGCUGA